AUGGCCAGCAUGGACUUGGACAUGUCACUGGACGAGAUAAUGGCUGGCAAUAAGAAGCCGUCUGGGCGUGGUCGUGGAGGCUCCCGAGGCCGAGGCAGAGGCAGCAGCAACAAUAAUUAUAAUAAUAGGAACGACAAUAAUAAUGGAUUCAAGCGAGGAGGUGGUGGCAAGAUGACUAUUGACAAUGGCCGCUUCCAUACAUCCAGAAAGACUCCAUAUCCUCGCCGAGGAGGCAACAAUAGCAAUCACAGACACACUCCAGCUGGCAAUGUCGAUGGAAAUUGGAGACACGAUUUAUUCUCAAAUGCUGCUGGGGGUGAUGGCGACGACAAUGAUAUGGAUGAUGGCGCCGCUACUACGUCUAUUACUACGGGCCAUGGAGGAAGGAGAUUUGAUAUGAUUGUGUCUGGCAACUUGCCUCCGGCUCCACAACAGAGAAAGAGAAACAAUGACAAGGCGGAUUAUGGUGAAUAUCCGGGGCCCAGUGUGCAAGUUACAAACAUCCACUGGAAUGUAUCAGAACAGGAUUUGCUAGAGCUAUGUCAAUUCAAAAAUCCUGGAUGUGAAGUAGUAGACUUGAAGCUACAUUACGACAACGCGGGUCGAUCUGAAGGAAUUGCUGACGUUACCUUUGCCUCCAAUGAAGACGCCGAUAUAUGUGUCCAAGAAUGGAAUGGACUGGCCAUUGACGAUCAAUAUCUCGAAUGUAAACUGAAUAAUCCUCCUCCAAAUCGACCUGUCGCUCAACGUCUUGGCAUACAAGGAAGACUAGGUCCAUCCAAGGGCGGUAAAGGAAGUCAAGCCAAUGACAAAAAUAGCAAUAUUCUCAGUCGUCUUGGUCCAAGAGUCAGUGGUAGAGGAGGUGGAGGAGGUCGUGGUGCUGGACGAGGAGGCAAAAAGCAUGCCGAUGAAGCCUUUGCAGCAGGAUUUUCAUCACGUACCGUAUUGAACUAUGGAGAUGCUGCUCAUCCUCCACAUGGCUGA